AAGUCAGUAUGCUGUCAGCAUUGAUCGCCCCCUUCAAGUACAUAAGCCCUGGGACCAGCAGCACAGAGGACGAGGACAGUUUAAGUACCAGCAGUGCGGAGGUAAAAGAGAACCGUAACAUCGGUAACUUAGAGGAUCGCACCAUAGGAUCUGCAGAGUGCCAGUCGCUUUUCUGCUCUGACUCCACGAGAAGUGGCGGCUCUGGCCUGAAGAGGAAACGGCCGCUGGAGGAAGACAACAAUGGACACUUUUGUCACCUCCGUCUCAUCUAUAAGAAACUGUCCUGGUCUGAGGCUCCAAAGAACGCUCUGGUGCAGCUGAAUGAGCUGCGGCCGGGCCUGCAGUACCGCAUGGUGUCGCAGACAGGCCCCGUGCACGCUCCGGUCUUCUCCAUUGCUGUGGAGGUGAACGGGCUGACUUUCGAGGGCACGGGCCCCACGAAGAAGAAAGCGAAGAUGAGGGCUGCCGAGUUGGCCCUCAAGUCCUUCAUCCAGUUCCCCAACGCUCCUCAGGCUCACCUCGCCAUGGGAAACAUCUCCAACCCUUCGGCCGACUUCACUUCAGACCAGGCAGACAUCCCUGACACGCUUUUCAAGGAAUUUGAGUCCUCGCCUUGCUCUGAUGGCCUCUCGCUCUGCAACUCAGACGCUGAGAGCGAGCUGCUAUCAAGCGAGCUUCUGAGACAUGGACGGUUGCUUCGCCACACCUUGGACCUGAUGGUGCAGGCGCAGCAGAGGCUGGGCGGGAUUGUUCCAGAGCCCGAGGCCCCCAAGAGUCCUGUGGCUUUGUUAAAUGAGCUCCGGCCGGGCCUGCGCUACGCCUGCCUUUCGGAGCGAGCCGAAGGCCGACGGCUGCAUAGCUUUGUGAUGGCGGUGCGCGUGGACGGGCGGAUAUUUGAGGGCUGCGGUCGCAGCAAGAAGCUGGCCAAGACCCAGGCGGCCCAGUGUGCUCUUCAGGCCCUCUUCAACAUCAGGACGGCCCCUGAGGGGAGAACAGGCCUCAAAGCCAGCAGGAAGACUUGUCCUCAUUUACCCCAGGACUUUGCCGAUUCAAUAUUCCACUUGGUGAGGGAGAAGUACCGGUCGCUGGUGGGCGGCUGCAGUCCUGCGCACGCACGACACAAAUCCCUGGCAGGCAUCGUAAUGACCCAAGGACUGGACCUGAGGCACGCCCAGGUGGUGGCCUUAUCCACGGGCACCAAGUGCAUCAACGGCGAGUAUCUGAGUGACCAGGGGCAGGUGGUCAAUGACUGUCACGCCGAAGUCACGGCCCGAAGAGCGCUGCUACGCUUCCUCUACUCUCAACUUGAACUCUUCUUGAGUAAAAGGCCAGAGGACUGGGAGGAGUCGAUAUUCGUGCGGCACAAGGAGUGCGGCUUCAGGUUGAGGGACGACGUCCACUUCCACAUGUACAUCAGCACGUCACCGUGUGGCGACGGGCGACUCAACUCGCCCUAUGAAAUCUCCACUGACUUACACAGCAGCAGACACCUCAUGAGGAAGCACCGAAACCACCUGCGGACCAAAAUCGAGUCCGGGGAGGGAACGGUGCCGGUGCGAUGUCGGGGGCCGGUGCAGACGUGGGACGGCGUCUUACAGGGCGAGCAGCUCAUCACCAUGUCCUGCACCGACAAGAUCACCAGAUGGAACGUCCUGGGCCUGCAGGGGGCGCUGCUGAGUCACUUCCUGGAGCCCGUGUACCUGCACAGCGUGACGGUCGGCAGCCUGCGCCACACGGGCCACCUGGGCCGAGUGGUGAACCAGCGGCAGGAGCGCCUCGGCCCCCUGCCCGCCACGUACAGACGCAACCAGCCGCUGCUCAGUGGGCUGAGCAGUGCCGAGUACCAGCAGCCAGGGAAGGCCUCGUGCGUGAGCGUCAACUGGACGCUGGGCGACACGCAGCUGGAGGUGGUCAGCACCGCCACGGGACGGAGACGGGAAUCAGGGACACCCUCGCGUCUCUGCAAGCACGCCCUGUUCACGCGCUGGAGCAGGCUGUACCGCAAGUUGGGGAUCCACGUGUCCGGCUCGGCGGACCACCAGCUCCUGUACUGCGAGGCAAAGAUGGCGGCGCGCCCCUAUCAGACAGUGAAGCAGCAGUGGUUCAGAUCUCUGCAGGAAACGGGCCUCGGCACCUGGGUGAAGAAACCGCCUGAGCAGGAACAGUUCCUGCUGGCAGUCUGAGGAAGAGUGUGUGUGUGUGUGUGUGUGUGUGUGUGAGUGUGAGUGUGUGUGUGUGAGUGAGUGUGCGAGAGAGAGAGAGAGAGAGAGAGAGAGAGAGAGAGAGAGAGAGAGAGAGAGAGAGAGAGAGAGAGAGAGAGAGAGAGAAAGAAGAAGUGUUUGUUUAACCUUUAUUUUUUUAGAGUAAGAUGACUCUGUGCUCCUCACCGACAUCCUGUUUCACAACCUUCAUACCCGGAAGUUUCAACCCUUAAACAUCAACGCCAUCCCCACCGUCAUUCACCUGCAUCGAGAGGAAGGUCGGCGGCACCGGGCCGAAAAAGAAAAAGGGACCAACAAUAAUCGUUUAGACCCACGAACGCACACAUUUAAGCAAACACACCUAAAUACCCCACCUCUCUGUCCGUCAGGGAAGGGUGGGGUAACCUUGAGCGGAAUGAAAGACAGCCGCUAUCUUGUCAUCAGCUAUUUCCGGGCCCCAAGGCUCCCGCUGAGGAGCGGAGCCACGGGGGAGAGAGAGAGAAAAGAGAAAGAGUGAGAGAGAGAGAGAGAGAGAGAGAAAGAGAGAGGGGUCUACGUCCAAUUACCAGCCCUGUCAGGGUGACGGCUGAUAGAGGAAGAGGAAGGAAAAAGAGAGAGUGAGAAUAAGAGACCUGCUUCAGACCUCCUCACCUUCCCCUCUCUGUCGCUCUCUCUCGCUCUCUCUCUCUCUCUCAUUUCUAUUUCUUUCUUCUUCUCCGACUCACCCCUUGACUCCCGACUUCCCCCUCCUUUUGUCUCCCUCCUUUGCCCUCUCUCCAUUUUCUUCCUACCUCCAUCUAUUUCCCUCGCCUCCUCUUUGUCGCUCUCUCUCCCGCCUUUCAAGCGACGGAUUUCAACAUGACACGACGACAGGUUAAUACACCCUCUUUUUUUUUUACCCCGGCCCCGCUCUCACCCCACUGGGCAGAGAGGAGGAAAAGAAACGUGGUGAGGUACGUAAACACGGCCAUUACACCUCGCCUAAGUACAAAUGGAGGUGGUGGCGGUGAAGAUGGCGGAGGUGUAUUUCCUUGUUUUCCCUCUCUGUUUAUCUCUGCUCCCUCUUUGUCUCUUGACCUCAGCCCGUCCUGUUCUCUUUCUCCAAACACCUGAAUCACCAAUAAGAGCGAGUUCGGGUUGUGACUCAUUAGCGAGGCCUCGUUGACCUCAUCGACUCGCGCUCCCUCGCCGUGUCACGACCGCCCUGAGCCGAUAACAGUCGAGGUGGCGUGCAACUUUGCUCAGCACCUAGGUCGACUUGAGGGGUUUUAUUUUGAAAUGCCAUUUUCCCAACAUGUAGGAGUUAUUAGAUUCUGAACGUGACUCUGGAUCCGUGUACAUUUGUACCUCGCACUCAUUUUUGCGUAUUUCUCGAUGUAAACAUACAACCCAGCUAAAUGUUUGUAUUCAUUAUGAUCAUGACUUGUGUGGUUGUGUCACUGCUGAUUUCUCUUGAAGGUAUUGAAAGUGAAUAGAAGGCGUCACCAGCACGGCUCAGUCAGUGGUGAAAUCCAAAUAGUGAGAGUGACAUCUAGUGGUGCACUUCUGUCAUGUUGUGGUUUUCCUCUCCUGCCCCUGCUGAUGCUGGGAACUUCACGAACUCCAGUGAGGAAACAGUCGAACUCUCAUUCUGAGAAAUAAGCUCUUCAGUGGAGGGAGGAUUUUUACACACAAAGCAUUGAACUGAGAAUCUGACCCACGUGUGACCCGCUUCUGGUUUAUUCGUAAUUUGUUCUUUCUUUGGAAAAAAAAUGGCCAAUCAGUGUUAAUCAAUUCAAAAAGGUGUGAAUUAGAUUUUUUUUUUUUUUUUUAAAGCCCCUGAAAAUCCAAUUUCAAAUUUUAAGUAUUACUUCCUAUUAUUAGAUAUUAUUAGAUAUCCUAUAAAUAUAUAUAGAUAUAUUAGAUAUUAUUAGAUAUUAGAUCAAAUUUGCUUCAUAAAAUUUGUUGGGAGUUUAACUGGGUGGGCUGCUGUUUGACCAGAUUCUGUCCUGACUCUUUUAUAUAUUUUAACAUGAGGCCCCCCAGUUAAACCAGUACCAAGAGCAUACAGAACAUUUUUAUGUUAAAUAUCCAAAACAUUUCAAACGUAAUAAUAUUUCGUCCUUAUCGCUGUUAGCAAGACUUUCCCCUUCAGUUGCAUUUCUAUGUGUCAUGAUGUCCGACAUGUCAUUUUAGGGGCUUUUCCAUGAUGACAUAUACAGUUCUGGAAGAUGUUGUCUUUUUCUGUCAUGAAAUUGGAAAACUGUAAAGAUACCGUGUGAUAGGAAACCCACCACAGAGACCAGUUAGUACUCCUGUGCUAGAAUACUAUUGGUUUUCUGUGCACAAGUUUGUUUUAUUUCAUUAAAUACAAUUUAAAAGAAAUAGCCUACACAAUAUAAUUAAAUUCCCAGUAUAAAUUAGAAUUACAAAACAAUAUCAAUUAAAGUAAAUUAACGUUUGAAUGAGAGACUUUGACAAUGGACCACAGGACAAGAAUAUGACUUGACUGCAUUAGUUAAUAUUGAACUGAUAGAAUGUCUGGUUCUUUGUUUAAAGCUGAAUCCUGGUCUGUGAGCAUCACAACAGUGUUUAAGUGUCAGUCUGUCAUCAUCCAUAACCUCAGACAUGACAUCGUUCGUCCACAUGCAGCAUCACCAUGACUCCGAUUCUAAAAACAGAUUUACAGAUUUAUUUUGAGAGAUAUAGAAUAUAAGGCAUGUCUGAAUGGCAAUAUUGUAUCUAUGAGUGUACAUAUGUAAAAUGUAUAAAAGUUCUUGACAAAGAUGUGGAAGAGAUCUUAAAAUGUCUAAUUAUGAUGUAAAUUAAAGUAUAUGAGGAAUUGCUGCUAAGGUCUGUAAAUUGCACUUCAGUAACAAAUACAUUGUGAAUGUUUGUACUGUAUAUGUGAAUAAAACCACAAAAUCUUGUAA